AUUAUUUACAAGACAAAUAAAACAAUAAAAAAUAACACAAAAAUUUUUCGAUAUUUCUAUAGAUUUCUAUUUCGAUUUCUAUAAAAUCAAUUAUAAUUAACAUCCAAUCAAAAAGAACACAAAUAAAGGCUAGUUCACAAAAUAAUUUUCAAUAAAAAUUUCAAAGUGAUUUUUGUCUAGACCAUGUGCUUACAUUUGAUGGUUAUUAUAAAUAUAAAAAAAAAAAGAGUAAAUAAUUACUAUUGAAAGAAAUCAAGACAACAAGUGUUGAUGUUUAAAUGCAACAAUAAAAUAUCAAAAAAAAAAUAUAAAAAUAAUUUAAAAAAUGGCAGAAAGUAGAGUAUUUUCUAAAAAUCGUGCAUUAGGUUAUGUAUCUAAUCAUAUACCAUUGAAUGUGCGUUAUAUUCAAAGAAGAAAAGAAAAUUUAAUAGUAACAAGUGUUGGUAAAUCAUUUCAUACAUAUGGUUGUUCACAUUUUACUUUGUUAACAGUAUCACCAUCACAUACUGAUGAUAUAACAUGUUUAUCUGGUGAUGCAUAUCAUGUAUAUACAGCAGCUGAUAAAAAUAUUUAUGCAUGGCGUCGUGGUAAUGAACUUAAACAUACAUAUACUGGUCAUAAUGCACCAGUUCAUAUUAUUUUACCAUUUGGUCCUAAUAUAUUAUCAGUUGAUGAAGAUAGUAUUGUCAAAGUAUGGGAUAUACGUACAGAAGAAGAAUUACUUGAAUUAACAUUUAAUAAUAAUAUAUUUAAAAUAACAUGUAUGAUUCAUCCAUUAGCAUGUAUAAAUAAAAUAUUAUUAGCAAGUGAACAAGGUACAUUACAAUUAUGGAAUAUUAAUACAUCUAAAAAAAUAUAUGAUUUUAAUGGAUGGCAAUCAGCUGUAACAGCUAUUGAACAAGCACCAGCAUUAUAUGUUGUUGCAGUUGGUCUUGCUAAUGGUAAAAUUAAAUUAUUUAAUUUUCAAAUUGAUGAGGUAUUAUUUGAACUUGUACAAUCAUGGGGUAUUGUUACAUCAAUUAGUUUUAGAACAGAUGAUAAUCCAAUAAUGGUAACUGGUACAACACAGGGACAUAUUAUAUUUUGGGAUUUAGAAAAAAAAAAAGUUGUUAAUGAACUUAUUAAUGCACAUUUUAAAUCAAUUGCUGGAUUAAAAUUUUUAUCAAAUGAACCAUUAAUUGUAACAAAUUCAGAAGAUAAUUCAUUAAAACUUUGGGAUUGUAGAGAAAAUAAAGAUCCAACAUUAUUGAGAAUAAGAGAAGGACAUUCUGAGCCAUUAACAUGUUUAAAAUUUUAUGGUAAUGAUGGACAUAAUAUAUUAACAUCUGGUGAAGAUUCAUCAUUACGUAUAUGUUCAACAAUUGCUGAAACAUUUAAUAAAAGUUUAGGCAAAGCAUCAUUUGAUAGAAAAGCAUCGAAAAAAAAAAAUUCACAUGUUAAAGAUAAUUUAAUAAUGCCACGUAUUACAGAAUUUUCAUUUGAAACAACAAGAGAAAAAGAUUGGGAUAAUAUUGCUGCACAACAUUUAGGUCUUGGUGUUGUUACAACAUGGUCAUAUGAUAAAUUAAAAAUGGGUGAACAUAAAUUAUUACAUGAUAGAUUUAAAAAAAAUUAUAAUGCAAAUUCAACAGCUUUAACAAUGACACAAUGUGGUAAUUUUGUUAUUAUUGGUUUUAAUACUGGACAUAUUGAUAGAUAUAAUAUACAAUCUGGUAUAUUACGAGCAACAUAUGGUGAUAAAAAAUAUGGUGCACAUGAGGGUGCUGUUAAGGGUAUUAUGGUUGAUUCAUUAAAUCAAACUGUUGUAUCUGCUGGUCAUGAUUGUUAUGUUAAAUUUUGGUCAUUUAAAUCUAAAUUAAAUAUUCCAAAACAAGUUGUUAAAUUAAUUAAACCAAUUGAAUGGUUAAAAACACAUAGAGAAAGUUCAUUAAUUGCUCUUGCACUUGAAGAUUUUAGUAUAAUACUUAUGGAUUUAGAUAGUAGAAGAGUUGUAAGACAUUUUAUUGGACAUGAAGCUCAAUUAAAAGAUGCAACAUUUAGUCCAGAUGCUAGAUGGCUUGUUAGUUCAUCAAUGGAUUGUACAAUAAGAACUUGGGAUAUACCAUCUGGUAAAAUGAUUGAUAUUUUCCAGGUACCUGAAGCAUGUAUUUCAUUGACAUUUUCACCAACUGGACAAUAUCUUGCAACAGCUCAUGUUGAAAAUUAUGGUGUUUAUCUUUGGUCAAAUAAAACACUAUUUUCUCAUGUAUCAUUAAAAGCAAUUCAACCAAAUGCUCCUGUUCCAAGUGUCACAUUACCUGGUACAUUAUCAGAACAAACUGAUAAUAAUGAAGAAAUAACAACUGAUAAUCAAGAACAAGAAGAUGAUAUUUAUGUAUCACCAGAACAAUUAAGUGAAGAUCUUAUAACAAUGUCAUUAUUAGCAAAUUCAAGAUGGCAAAAUUUGUUAAAUAUUGAUAUUGUUAAAAAAAGAAAUAAACCAAAAGAUCCACCAAAAGCACCAGAAGCAGCACCAUUUUUCUUACCAACAAUACCAUCACUUGAAUUUAAAUUUGAUCUUUCAACAAGUGAUAAAAUUGAAGAUGAUAGUAAAAUUAUUAUUCCACAAGGUUUUAGUAAUCUUACUGUAUUUGGAAGACAAUUACAAGCAACAAUAAAUAGUAAUGAUUAUACAGUACCAAUUGAUAGACUUAAAUCACUUGGUCCAAGUUCAAUUGACAUUGAAAUACAAUCUUUAUCAUUAGACAUGACAUUAUCAACAACACUUAUGUUGCAAUUUAUGAAAAUGAUUAAAUACAUGAUGGAAACAUAUCAAAAUUUUGAACUUUCACAAGCAUAUUUAGCUGUUUUCCUUAAAUCACAUGGUACAAUUAUACAAAAUGACGAAAUUUUAUGGAAAUAUCUUGAAGAAUUACAACAAGUACAGACUAAAACAUGGUCUAUACUUCAGGAAAAAUUAUUUUUCAAUUUAAGUGUUGUACAGCAUUUAAAAAAAUUGUAAUUUGAUUAAUUUUUGAAUUGUUUAAAUAAAAAUAUUUUACAUUAACAAAAAAAAAAAAA